AAUGAAUCAAUAGGAAGCCAUAGAAGUUUACAUGGCAAAACAAGGUAAAGCAGUUUAAUCAUAUUUGAUUACCUUGGUUGACGGAACAGGUUCAAUGAGCAAUGAAUAUGAAUCAGCAAUCAAAGCACAUUAGGAUGUUUUUUCAGAUUUAGGCAAUAAAAAGAUGGAUUAUCAAUGGGAAGAGGAUUUAUAUUCUUUCCUUCCUUUUAGAAGUGCAGGAAGUGGAAAUAUUUCAAAUACAUUUAAUGUUAUCUUUCAAAAAUUAUUGAAUGAAGCCUACCCUAAAAAUAUUACUUUUUUAUUUGUAAGUGAUGGAAGAGAGCAUUUUGAAAUGAAUGAAAUAUCAGCAAAAAUUGAAGAAAUUAAAACAAAAUAUUUAAUUUAAUUCAUGUGUGUUGCUGUAGGUGAUUCUUUUCCUGGUUAGAUUAGCAAUCAAUUAAGAGACAAAAUUCACAAUUAAAAUGAAAGCUGUCCUGCUGUCUUUAAAGUAGAAAGAAAACGUUAAUCUUCUGAUGUCUUGUAUUAGGAAUUUAGUAAAAUUUUUAGAGAAGUUAAGGGUUUAUUAAAUGUUCAAGAGAAACAUUUUGAAGUAAAUUAGCCUGUUUAUUAAACAUUGGUAUAACAAUAACCAACAAAAAAUGUAGCACCAAAUGAACCUUUUUUUAGAAGGGUUGAUGAAAAAGCAGAGCCAUUAGUAAUAGAAGAUGAAGUUGUUAAACCAACAGAUAAACCAAGUGAUAUAUCAAAAUUAAUUACUAAUUCUGUGGAAAAGGAACUCAUCCUCACAGCAAGUGAUCCCAUGCAUAAUUAUAAAGAAGGAUUCAGCAAAAUAUUUGAUUUAGGUUAAAAGAUAUUAGAUUAAGCUAAAUUUGAUAAUGACUAAAACGAGGACAUAAAAAAGAUAGCUUCAUCAUAAAUCUUAUUAGCAGCUAAUAUAGCAGAUGGUAAUCUAGAUUUAAAGAAAAAUGAGAAGGAAAUGACAGAUCUUCAAAAAGAUAUUAGAAACUUUGAUAAGGUAAUUGAGUUUGUUGAAAAAAAUGCUUAGGAAAUUGAUUAAAAAGAUAUAACAGGUGAAAAAGCCAAAAAGAGAAUGUAAGGUUAAUUAAAUAAUGCUAAACUUGGAUGUUUUGUAAGAUCAAAAACAACAAAGAAAGAAUUAGAUUUAAUAGAAUCUAUUUGGACAAUUACAGUAGAAGGUUUGAAUAAUUAUAAAAAAGUUAUUGAAAAUGAUCCAUAAUCUAAUUUAAAUAAAUUAUUAGUUGAGUUUAAAGAUUUAUUAGAUAAAUAAUUAUAGAAAAUAUUUGAAUAGCAAUAAGUUAAUGAAUUACUAGAUAAACAUAUUUAAAUAUUAAAAGAAUUAAAUGAUACCCUUAAAGAUAUACAUUAAUUAAUUCAAAAGAAAGAUAAAGUUAAAGCAAAUGAAGUACUAUAAUUUAUUAAAUUACGUGCAAAACCAAUAUCUGAAAAUAAUAUUAAUUAAACAGGUGCCAUUUUUGAUUAAACUGAUGAAUUUUCUUUUUUACCAAAGUCUAUUUAAACAAUAUUGAGAGAUGAUGAAGAUGAACUAGAAAAAAUUGUUAUUAUAAUAUUUGAUGAUAAUGAUAGUAUGAUUGGUGAAAGUUAAUGUGCUAAAUCCAAUUAUUUAAAAAUAUUUUCUAGAUUGCCUUAAACUUAGAGAAUAGCAAUCUGUUGGAAAAAUGGUUAAUUCUCAUUUUUGGAAAAUAAUGGAUAAUAAUUUGAUACUCUCUUUAAACUAUUAGAAACUCAAUAAGCUGCUUAUGAUCUUAAAAAUAAAUGCAUUCAUUUAUGUCUUGUAAGUGAUGGUAAAACAGAGUAUAAUUAAUUACAUAAAGCAAUUAAAGAGGUUAAAUAGAAAUAGUAUCUAAUUAAAUUAAUUUAUAUUACAGUUGGAAGUUAUCUAAAAAAUUAUUUGGAAGAUGUUAUUUUAUCAAAAUUCAGAAAUAGAGAAGUUAAAGGCAAACCAUUAAUUAAAGUUAUACCAAGAUCAAUAACAAAUAAAUUUGAAACACAAGAAUAAUCUUUAAAAAAAUCAACAACUGUACCAAAACUUGAUGAACAAUUUAUAAAAGUUUAUGAUGAUAUCUUAGACCUCAUUUUGAAAGAAAAGAAUCCAGCAAUAAAAUAAAAUUAGUUUUGAU